CACAUUGAUGAUGGACAGCCGCGAUAUCCUCCCCACUAUCUACCCCGGAGCCAAGUGCUGGGUAUACAUGACGACUUGGCAUCUCUCCCGAAUCAAUCUCUACCAAAUCGCGAGUUAGUGGAGUCGAGAACAAGGCCGCUACGGCCUCUUCCUGACAUUGUCGCCACCCAUCUUCAAUUCGCCAUCGACGUUCUCAAGGAAACGCCAAGAAUGAUGGUUCUUCAGAAUCAGACUCCCUGGUGCCAUCCAUCCCUCUAUAAAAGAAAUAUGCCAAGAGCAAUGCAAGAUGCCUACGCCUGCUGCUCACUCUACAUGUCCAAAACCGAAAUAAACGCCCCGGUGAUAAUGUCCCUCUUCGACGACCGGACACGAGACCUACUCUCAUCCUCAGAACCAACAACCACCCGAGAAAUCCUAGCUCGCACACAUGCUCUGAUUCUCUACCAAAUAAUGCGCCUAUUCGACAGCGACAUCCGCUCCCAAGCAAGAGCCGAAGCCCUCUUCACAACCCUGGAAGCCUCAGUGGUCGCCCUCAUGAGAAAUAUCUAUGUUCCAGGUCUUACGGGACCCGCCGAACUUCUCCCUUUAUCAAUGAAUUCUAUCAUCGAGUUCUGGGAGUCGUGGGUUCUGCAAGAGUCCGCCAGACGAACUGUCCUCUUGACUUAUUACUUUAUUCAAAUCUAUAAACUCCUCCAGGGUAAGGUGCCUGUGCAAUGUGAUGGCAAGCUUGGGAUUUAUCAGGACCAUGCAUGGUAUAUGUCGGCGCAUUUGUGGAAUGCUCAGAGUGCGUUUGAUUUUGCGGUUGCGUGGGCGGAACGAGAGCAUUUUGUUGUGCAUAAUCUUGACUUUUUCUUCGGUGCUGCUCAAUGCGCAGCCGGAUGA